AUGUCAUCAGCCCCGCGACCGCCUCGUAAUACGCAUGCUCCAUCCCUGUCCCCGCCUCCUUUUUCACUCGAUUGGGCUACAGGGCCUACGCGCCGCGAACACCGCGCUUCCCAUUGGCCAGUUCAUCUUGCACCGCCCGCCCUAUCCAUCCAAGAUGGCAGCCAAGUGCGGUGUGAGGUGCCCGCGGCUGUUAAUGUGGAGGUUGUGGCAGGCCGGUGGAGCGCCACAAAACCUGGGAUUCGGCUUGCGCCUGGAAGUGAGGUCUUAUUCCCCGGGCGACGGCCCCUACUCUCGCACGGCGCUCUAUGAGCUGCUCGGCGUCCCCUCCACAGCCACACAGGCGCAAAUCAAGGCGGCCUACUACCGGCAGUGCCUCCUCUACCAUCCGGACCGCAACUCGGGGAGCGCCGAGGCUGCCGAGCGCUUCACGCGCAUCUCCCAGGCCUACGUGGUGCUGGGCAGCGCCACCCUGCGCCGCAAGUAUGACCGCGGCCUGCUCAGCGACGAGGACCUGCGCGGACCCGGCGUCCGGCCCUCCAGGACGCCCGCCGCCGACCCCGGCCCGCCCCGCGCCCCGCCGCCCGCCUCGCGGGCCCACGGCCGUGGUCAGGCCGCGCCGGACGCCAGCCGCACCAUGUUCGACUUUGACGCCUUCUACCAGGCGCACUACGGAGAGCAGCUGGAGCGCGAGCGGCGCCAGAGGGCCCGGCGAGAGGCCCUCCGCAGGCAGCAGGAGGAGCGGGCCAAGAAGGGCUUCCGCUGGGACGACACCCGGGACACGGCUUUCGUCUUCCUCCUCCUUGCCAUCUUCAUCCUCGUGGGCUUUCGGUUUUAACCGGAGAGAGGAGGGCAGGGAGCAGCCGGUCAGCCCCACGAAGAUGACCUUUCCCGUCUUCUCGAACCCUUUGCCAUUUAUAGUCUACCUCUGCUGGGGUCCGAAGGAACUGCUCUCCCCGUCCUUCCCCACCCACCCAGCUUAGCCGCGGACCUGCACAUCCCUCCCACUCCGGUCCAGAAAGGGAGGCUUUUCGAUGCCCAAGAAAAAGGCCCCAAGAUGAAGAGUCCCGAAAGCCCAAGAGUGAAGGGUUUUCUAGAGUCCCUUGGGUGCCUGCUUCCAGAGGUUGACAACUUCUGGAACACUUGCUCUGGCUUUGUUGUAAAGUCCCGAGCAAGCAUUGGCUGCUCCUGCCCCACGCUUGUACCGUGGGGCUCCUCUGUAACCUUGAAACGUGCAAUGUGACCAAUUGUUGGCUACCAAAAGAAAAUUUCUGGGGUUGUACGAACCUUGUCUUUCUGUGAGUUCCCCAAGCUACAGGUGAGACCUGAUGUAGGGUAAGAAUGUGAUAUGUGGGAACCUUGCCAUUCUUCUGUGGUCAGCCCCAGACCCCGCUCCCCGUUCUGUGGGUGGCAUGUGGGAUUGGGAGAGCAAGGUCAUCGAGUACGCAAUGGACUUUCCUGUGCCCAUACUUAUCUAAUGGAUGACCUUGGAGCAGUUACUCUGUGCACAUGACUGCAGAGGAGCAAAUCAUUUGCUCUCUUGAGGUCUGUCACACUUUAUUAUCCAUAGUUCUGAUGGGCUCAGUGGUUAAAAUAUGAUGCUGGUAGAGUCAGAUUUAUCCUUGGGACAGUGUACCUGUCACUUGGUCAUCCCUUUACCAGCCAACCCCAUCGCUAAGUGUGCAACUCAUCCCCUCCCAGAAAUAGAACAACUAACUGAGAGUUUGAGUCGCCUGAAUGUGGCCCAGCCUCCUGUUUAGCUUGCAGUGCUUAUCAUACGCCCCAUAAGCCAAGUCCUUGCAACACGGCUGCUGCGGCUGUGGGUAAUUUGGGGAGUUUGGAGUAGAGAAGACUGCUAGAGGCACAGGAGGCACGUGGUGGAAACUCAGUUUCUUAUGGAGAGCUGGCUGAAGCUUUUUUUUUUUUGUCUCGUUUGUGCUAAGCAGUUGGUCGUCGCUUGGCUGGAACUGUAGUAGUCAGGCUCCCUUAACCCUGUUCUUCGGGUGUGGAUUGGCUGUGAGAUUGUAGGUGCUCAAACGUUUAUGUACUGAGUGUAAAGCUGUGGGAUAGGAAACCUGUGCAAGAGAUCUACCACAAGGGUGUGGACCAAAGUCGAGGUUCUAAACAAAAUCAGAGGUGCUUUGGUAUAUUAAUACCAAUUCCUGCACUUAGUCUUUUGUGUGAAAUCCUUGUAUAAAUUGGGAUAAACCCA